CUGCCCCCCCGCCGUGAGCCGCGGUCCUUCGGAGCAAGCGGAGCCCCCCGAGCCUGCAGGGCUCGGAAGGUGGGGUCCCGCACGGCGUUACGGAGCGCGGGCGGUGCCGGCCCCCCGGCCCCCGCGGGAUGGAGCCUUGCACACGCCGUUUGCCAGCUCCGUGCCUGCCGAAGGAGCCCGAAGCGUUUCACUUUCAAGAAGCCCCUUCGAGCGACGAGGCAGAAGUUUGUAAAACCUCGCGCCUGCCUCUCCGGGGUUUGUACCGCCGGCCCGGGACAGCCUUCAGAAAGCCAAGAGGUGGCGGUUUCCCCGCACCGGAGAGCUCCUAUUUAUAGCCCCGCUUCCCUCGGAGAGCGGCCGUGCGGCUGGGCUCGGCUCGGCUCGGCGCGGGGCGGGGGCGCUCCCGCACACGGCCACGCUCGGGUCCUGCCGCUCGCAUGCCCUUCCCUUCGCCGGCUAAAGCCGCUCCUGAGCCCACCUCGGGCUGCCUGCGCUCCCUGCCUACAUCGCCUUUGCCCUCAGCUCGGGCUGCAUCUCCCUCCUCCUCCUCCUCCUCCUCCUCCUCCUCCUCCUCCCCCCCCCCCCCCCAGUGAUUAUCUGCACAGGACAUGCCUGGCACCUCCGCAGCACUUUUAGUUCGCUCCCCCCCGCGCUCGGUGGGAUUCAUCUAUCAUUUCGGAGGUUAUUUUCGGCACCCAGCCCCGCACCCGGGAAGACCGGCCGGCGGCAGGGCGAGGCGGCUCUGAGGGCGGCAGAGCGGCGCUGCCGGAGCCGGGCAGCGGAGCCGGGCGGGAGCGAGGCGCGGAGCUGCCAGCCCGCAGAGGCGGAGAGCUGCCCCGCUCCCCGCUCCGCAUUUCUGGCUGCCCGCAUGGCUCCCGGGCACUGUAGCGAUUGUGGGGGCCGCUGCUGCUGAGCAACAAUACGCUGCUUUAAACUCAGCCUCAACUUAGCACAGCAAGGAAGGAUGGCAACGCCGCUGGAGCUUUGGAGCUGCCAAGAGAGCCAGGGAACCUGGGUUUUGGUUGCCACUGUCUAAUAAAUGGGAGUAAAAUGGAAUUUCUUACCUGGGUUUUUCCUGCCUUGGUUCUACUGUGCACCCAACAGCACAGGUGUAUCAGAGCUAUGAAUGACAUCGGAGAUUACAUAGGUUCCAACAUCGAAAUAUCCUGGUUACCCAACCUGGAUGAUUUAAUGAAAGGGUACGCACGUAAUUUCAGGCCUGGGAUUGGAGGUCCUCCUGUUAACGUUGCUCUUGCAAUUGAAGUAGCCAGCAUUGACCACAUCUCAGAAGUGAACAUGGAAUAUACCAUGACGGUAUUUUUGCACCAGAGCUGGCGAGAUGACCGUCUGUCUUACAACCACACCAAUGAAACUUUGGGCUUAGACAGCCGGUUUGUGGACAAGCUCUGGUUGCCAGAUACUUUCAUAGUAAAUGCCAAGUCCGCCUGGUUCCAUGAUGUGACUGUGGAAAACAAACUUAUCAGGCUCCAGCCAGACGGAGUAAUUUUAUACAGCAUCAGGAUUACCUCAACAGUGGCCUGUGACAUGGACCUUUCCAAGUACCCAAUGGAUGAGCAAGAAUGCAUGUUGGAUUUGGAAAGCUAUGGCUACUCUUCAGAGGACAUCGUCUACCACUGGUCAGACAACCAGGAGGAGAUCCACGGGCUGGACAAGCUGCAGCUUGCACAGUUCACAAUUACCAAUUACCGGUUCACAACAGAAAUGAUGAACUUUAAAUCUGCAGGUCAGUUUCCCAGGCUCAGUCUCCACUUCCACCUUCGGCGAAACCGAGGAGUUUACAUCAUUCAGUCUUAUGUUCCUUCUAUCUUACUUGUGGCCAUGUCGUGGGUGUCCUUCUGGAUCAGUCAGUCAGCUGUGCCUGCCAGAGUGUCCUUAGGUAUAACUACUGUUCUUACUAUGACUACACUGAUGGUCAGCGCCCGAUCUUCGCUUCCACGAGCAUCUGCCAUCAAGGCACUUGAUGUUUACUUCUGGAUUUGCUACGUGUUUGUCUUCGCUGCGCUGGUAGAAUAUGCAUUUGCACAUUUCAAUGCUGACUACAUGAAAAAGCAAAAGAACAAGAUAAAGGCAAGAAGGCAGAGCGCAGAGAUAAACGUGAAGAAUGCCAUUGUUCUGUUUUCCCUUUCCAUAGCUGGUGUGAACCAGGAACUGGCCAUUUCCAACAGGCAGCACCGAAUUCCCAGAAGCCUGCCUGGAUCAUAUGGCACCAUAGAAAUCGAAACUGGAGAGACAAAACAGCGGCAAGUAAUGAAACUGGAUAAAAAGAGUGGUCUGAAGUCCCUCUUUAAGCCCAUUGAUGCUGAUACCAUUGAUAUAUAUGCCAGAGCCGUGUUCCCAGCAGCCUUUGCAGCAGUCAAUGUUAUAUACUGGGUUGCCUACACAAUGUAAAAAAAAAAAGAAGAAAAUUCACGUGAAGAGCUACAAAUGGAACAACACCUACAGACUAAAAAGCCCUUGCUGAAACUGUGUUGAUCCAUCCCUUCUCAAAAUAUUUUCCACAGAGCUCAAGACAUUUCUAAAGUCAAGAAAGUCCUGCAAUCAAUUCCUGCUCAGAGCAUCAAUUUAUUACCGAUCUGAUUUGGUACAGUAACAACUGUACUUUGCCAAACAAUCCCAGCUCCUUAUUUCCUGUAUUACCAUGAGACAACUUUUCAGAUGUACAUAUUUGCAGCAAAAGUUUAAAUCUUAAAUUACAAUAGUUUUCCUCCACUUUAAGGGUUGAUCAGUAAUGAAGAUUUGGCUUUUCACACUCAGAUCAUUUCCUUUUUUCUAAUGGAAGAGCUAAUUCCUCACUUCCACACAUGGGUGAUUUUCUGCAUCUGGCCUUCUGUGGGAUGGUCUAAGUCUAACAGUAAUGGUAAAGUUGGAGUUUUUAAUCACAAAAAUUUCAUGAACAAAAUAAAAGGGAAUAGAGGGGAGUGGAGGCUUUUUCUUGAAUUAUUAUUUGUCUUGGAUAAAGUAUUGAAAACAUUUCAAUGCUCUUAGUCACAGCAUGAAAUAAAAUAUACUACAUAAAAUUCUA